UUUUCUCAAUGACCCUUUUGGACAUCCUUGCCAGCAAACCAAAAUAACCAAUAUUAUUUUGUUCAAAGUUUAGCUCUUUGUAGCACUGUGUAGAGCUAAGCUGAAAGGGUAAGACUCUUGGGUUUUGUUUCUGGUGAUUUGAGAGAGUUGAUGAAGAAAGGGUCUGUUUCUUUGAGCCAUCUGGGUACUUUUCCUAGCCCAGGAGCUUCGGAUUACCGCGGUAAUGGCGUGUUGGUGAGUCAAAAAGGUUGGAAUUCGGAGCGAGUUCCGCGUUCUUCGGUUAACGGUAAUGGCGGUAGCAGAAGACAUAUUAGUGCUUCAUCUUUAACACCUUUUUACAGUGGGAGAACGUUGCCUUCGAAAUGGGAAGAUGCGGAGAGGUGGAUUUCUAGCCCCGUUUUGGGUUAUGGUGUUAGCAAGAAUGUGAACUAUCAGCAGCAGAGGGGUCCCAAGUCUAAAAGCGGGCCGAUUGUACCUCCGGGGAUGGCUUUCAACUUACUUGAUGUUGGAGGAAGCGGUGUUCGGAAUUUAAUGGCGGGGUCUCCUUUUUCAACUGGGGUUCUGAUGGCUGAUGGGGUUUCCGUUCAUUAUGUUGGUUGUAGAGCUGCCGUCUCCGCCUCUGCACCCGGCGGCUAUGGUGACGGCGACCGGUCUUGUAUGGUGGAGAGUGAUAGUAAUGGGGCUGGACCCGCUAUUAUACCUGGAUGGCCAGAUUUGGUUAGUGAGACAUCAUUGCCAAGCUCUCAAGAUGAAAAACUCGAUGAGAUCAAGGAUGCCGAAAUGAUGAUCAAUCGUGUAGUUUCACGGAGGGAUAUGGCGACACAAAUGAGCCCAGACGAGAGUAGCAAACAUUCAUCUCCGAGAGAGAGGUCUUCAUUUGGCCAGUCACCUCCUCCUAUCCUUCCUAUUCCUUCCGUGGACAACAAUGAUCAUCCUUCUAAACUGGACAUCAGGGAAGUGCAGAUAGACAAGCGAGCCACCAUUACUGGCUGGUCAAAAAGACAUGGAUCGCGAAGAAUCAAGAAAGGCAAACCAGAUUUCGAAGACUUCUACCGAAACAAUGCCCCGGCUUCUGCUUUAUCCCUGGAUAUCUCAGAAGCUUCAACAAGCCUUUCAAAGCUGCAAAGAGAGGAAGCGAAGAUCAGUGCAUGGGAGAAUUUGCAGAGAGCAAAAGCAGAGGCAGCCAUACGAAAACUAGAGAUGAAAUUAGAAAAGAAGAGAUCAGCAUCGAUGGAUAAGAUCUUGAGAAAGUUGAGAACGUCCCAGAUUAAAGCUCAAGAAAUGAGAAAUUCGAUGUCAGGCAAAGAGGAUGAACAGACUCCAAAGACUUCAGCAAAGUUUACAUUCUUCCAUACGCACAUGCGUUUUCUCAGCAGUUAUUUCUCCUGCCAGGGUUUCUAGUUUUUCUGUAAAUUUGAUAUCAUCUCCAUGGGCUCAAAUCUUUUCCACCGGGUAUUAUCUAAGCAAUGGAGUAUUUUGUUUGUUAUGCCUGCCGGUUUAUCGACUUCCCUACUUUUUCAUGUAAAGUAUAAUAGCAUUUUACAUUCAAUGGUGCAGGAGACUGCAGAUUUCAAGC